AUGCCAUAUCCUCAGGUUGUUCUCCUCGGAGACUCCUUGUUUGAGUUUGCGGCUUCCAGCCUGAGCGGUUUCUCGUUCCAGGCGGCUCUCCAAUCCAGGCUGAUACGACGCUUCGACGUGGUCAAUCGUGGCUUCUCAGGAUGGAACACGGAUAAUGUCGUCAAAUAUCUUCCCGAACUCUUCUUCGAGCCGUCCCCUUCAGCGCCCAAACUUGCAUAUCUGAUCAUUCUCUUGGGAGCAAAUGACGCAGUCCUGCCAAUGGAAACCACCUCGCAACAUGUUCCUCUUGACAGAUACAAGGAGAACUUGAACAAGAUUGUCAAUGAUGCUCGGAUACGAGCUCACAACCCCAAGAUUCUACUGGUUACUCCUCCCCCAGCAGACGAGAUCAAGCUUAAAGAUCUAGACAUUGCCCAGGGCCACGCCUCAGCCAUCCGAAGCUCGGCCGUAACAGCCUCAUACGCGGAAAAGGCCCGGGAGGUAGCGCGCGAAAACCCGGGCGUCGUUCUGAUUGACCUCUGGCAGGCCAUCAUGGGCGAAGCCAUUUCCAUGGCCCCGGGAGACUAUCAGCCUGGAGGUCCCUGGCUGGGGUCGUUUGAAAACGGCAAACAGGGGGGGCUGGACACGCUUCUGCCGGAUGGGCUUCACAUGGGCGGAGCGGGAUACAGGGUGUUCUUCGACGAGCUCAAGGCGCACAUUGGGCAGGAUAUCGUGCCUGAAGAGAGGGGAGACUACGUGCUGCCGGACUGGAGAGUGCUGAACCCUCCAAAGGUGAACCUGGUGCCAAAGCCAUUGUCUCUUGAGUAGAGUAUCUACACACCUACCCAGAAGGCUGGGCUAGGAUAGAUAUGUACGAGGUUAUGUGUAUAGAAGAGGUAGUAGAAGGUGUAUCAGAGGCGACAGAGUAGAGCAAUCCAACACUUAGUACCUAG